CUUUGCUUCUCUUUUUUUUUUCUCUCUGGUGUCAUGACUCGGGAAGGUUCCAAGUCUCCUUUUCUCUUUUCCUCUUCCUCCUCCGAUCAGGUGGUAAUGGUCGCUUUCAGAGCUGGUCCAGUGUAUCUCGUCCUCUUCGGGACCUCUUACUCUUAUCUAUUCUUUUGGAUGUACUACUUCAAGAUUGACUAACCUCAAAGUGGCAAUUGUUCCCGCCGCUUUUGGAGGAUCUUUUUUGCAUCGGCACGACCGUGUGUGGCUUGACUCGAUUCCGCCCGCUCCCUACUAGUAGUUCUCACUACUCACUAUACUACUAGUAGCCCACCAGAUAGAAGCCUGAGACAUGGCGUUGACUGUGUAACCGUCAUAUAUGUCGGGUCUUAUGUGCAUGGGGUUGUUGCAUACGGAUGUAACCAGGAGCCGGGCACUUUUUUGAAUUCAACGGACGUACUGCUCCUGUCUCUAGUAUAGAGUACCUUGUACAUACAUACCUAGUCUUGUCUGCCUGGGAGAAAAUUAGGCAGUUUUGGGAGUCACGGACUCGAUCGAUCGGGUGCGGAUUGAUGUGGGGCUGCACCAAUGCUUACCCAGUCUUCGCGACCAAAAGUUCGUCGCUUAUAUCCCACUGCUGAGGUGGCCUACGACGUACGCUAUAUGCGACGCUGCAACCAUC